UGCUAUCAAAGGCACGAAACUUGAGUGCAUUUAUCCAAAAGACCCCUCCCAAGCAAGCCCAUAUGAGACACGACACUCGCUGAGACACGUCCUCUUCACUGCAGAGACACACAACUUCCCAACAGGUGUCGCCCCGUUCAGUGGUGCCACCACAGGGACCGGAGGACGUAUCAGAGAUGUUCAGAGUGCUGGAAGAGGAGGACAUGUCAUCGCUGGAACUGCAGGAUACUGCUUUGGAAAUCUGCAUAUACCAGGGUACCAUCUUCCCUGGGAGUCUGAAGGAGAGGGAUGGAAGUAUCCAUCCAGCUUCGCCCCUCCUCUACAGGUUGCCAUUGAGGCCAGCGAUGGAGCGUCAGACUAUGGCAACAAAUUUGGAGAACCUGUCCUGGCAGGUUUCGCUCGUUCCUUUGGCAUGCGACUGGCUAACGGGGAGCGACGGGAGUGGAUUAAGCCCAUCAUGUUCAGCGGUGGUCUCGGGUCUAUUGAAGACAUGCAUGUGAAGAAAUUGGAGGCUGAACCUGGUAUGGAGGUGGUGAAGAUCGGAGGACCGGUGUAUCGGAUUGGUGUAGGAGGAGGAGCGGCGUCUUCUGUUCAUAAAGGUGACCCUACACUGAGUGUGUUAGAGCUGUGGGGUGCAGAGUAUCAGGAGAGCAAUGCUCUUCUGCUGCGACCAUCAGACAAGUCCUUCCUGGAGAGGGUUUGUCAGAGGGAGAAGUGUCCUGUUGACUUUGUGGGACACAUCACAGGAGACGGAAAGAUUGUGCUGGUGGACGAUCAGGGAGGUGAACCGGCAGUCGGUGCGCGCCAUCCUGUCGACCUUCAACUGGAGUGGGUUCUGGGCAAAAUGCCACAGAAAGAAUUUAAGAUGGAUCGUCAGGCCCCGUGUCAUAAACCACUGAGUCUUCCUGUGGAUCUSACAGUAAAAGCCGCCCUGCAGCGAGUUUUACGUUUGCCCGCCGUCGCCUCCAAACGUUUCCUUACCAACAAGGUGGACCGGUCUGUGACUGGGUUGGUGGCCCAGCAGCAGUGCGUCGGCCCUCUUCACACCCCGCUGGCCGACGUGGCGGUGGUUGCUUUGUCUCCGUUUGGCCUGGAAGGAGCAGCGACCGCCAUCGGGGAGCAGCCGAUCAAAGGGCUGCUGUGUCCCGCAGCGGGGGCUCGCAUGGCUGUCGGAGAGGCUCUGACCAAUCUGGUGUUUGCCAGGGUCACAGCCCUGAAGAUCGUCUGCUCAGUGCAGGACAUGACGUCAGUGAUGGAGGCCUCAUUUCCUGUCUGUUGGAAAUGGCGUUUGCAGGAAACCGUGGCGUCGAUGUUGAGUUGUCGUCCGGAGGAUURGGAGUCAUGGAGGUGCUGUUCAGCGAGGAGCUGGGUUUGAUUCUGGAGGUUUCUCAGCCUGAUCUGGAAAGAGUUUGUCAGAGUUACAGUGGUGCAGGCGUGCCAUGCCAUGUUAUUGGAAGAACCUGUGGAUUUGGACCAGAAGCAACGAUCAGAAUCCAGGUGGAUGGAGAGGAGGUUCUGUGUGAGUCACUGCCUGAGCUCAGAGCAGUUUGGGAGGAGACCAGCUUUCAGCUGGAGCUCCUUCAAGCCAAUGAGCUGUGUGUGAACCAGGAAAAGGAUGGACUUUCCAAGAGAACACAACCGUAUUUCAAACUGACCUUUGACUCUUCUGAAACACRCACCAUCCACCAGCUGG